AUGGCGCCCUCCCUCACUGCCUCCGCCCCAACGCCUCCCCACCACCUCCCCCAACCACCCACAACCAAGACCGUCACCCCCUCCCUCUUCCCAGACGGCCUCCGCACCUCCGGCCAACACGACCCGCUCUACGCCAAAAUCCAACCCUACAGCGCCUUCCCAACCUCAAUCACGGGACCAACAGCCUGGCGCGCCUCCGACUACGCCUCGCACCCCGAGCGAUGGACGCACCACUUCUCCGAGGGCGAGAUCAGCGAGAUCAGCAGCGCAGCCGACGCCUUCAUAGCGUCUGGGGAGCCGCUGACGGGGAUUACGCGGGAGAAGUUCGCGUUACCUGCGUUCAGCGGGUUUCUGGCCGUGUUGCGCAAGGAGCUUGUUGAUGGGAAGGGGUUUAUUUUGUUCAAGGGGAUGCCGGUGAGGGAGUGGGGGAAUGCGAAGAGUGCUGUUGCGUACAUGGGCCUAGGCACCUACCUAGGCUACUUCGUCUCGCAAAACAGCCGCGGGCACGUUUUAGGCCACGUCAAGGACCUAGGUGAAGACGCGUCCCAAAUCGACAAAGUGCGCAUCUACCGGACCAACGCGCGGCAAUUCUUCCACGCCGACGACGCCGAUCUCGUCGGGCUGCUGUGCGUGGCCAAGGCGCUCGAGGGCGGCGAGAGCGACCUCGUCAGCAGCCAUAGCGUGUGGAAUGUGCUGCAGGAAGAACACCCUGAUGUGGCAAGCUUGCUGACGCAGCCGAUUUGGUAUUUUGAUAGGAAGGGGGAGGUUAGUAGGGGGCAGAGGGAGUGGAUUCGCGCCAGUGUGUUUUAUCUCGAGACUGGGGAGGGGGGGCGCGUGUAUUCCAAAUGGGAUCCGUACUUCGUGCGCUCCCUGAGCCGAUUCAGCGACGCGGGGCUGAUCCCGCCGCUAUCAGAGGAACAGCAGCGGGCCGCACUGAUUCUGGAGGAGACGUGCCUGCGUCUGGCGCUGCACAUGGUGCUCGACAUCGGCGACAUCCAGUUCCUGUCCAACAACCACGUGCUGCACGCGCGCACGGCGUACAAAGACUACCCGGCGCCGGCGCCGCGCAGACACCUGAUGAGGCUGUGGUUGAGCACGCCCGAGGACGAGGGUGGGUGGAAGCUGCCGUUCCAUGAUAGCGGGGAGAAGAAGAGGGGUGGAAUUCAGGUAGAUGAUACACCGCCUGUUGCGCAUGAGGAUGCGGAGUAG